AUGAAAUUCACUCUCAUCUCCCCCCUCUUCCUCUCCCUCACGCAAGCCUGCCUCGUCUACCAAGCCUUCCAAAACGCCGGAACACGCGACCUCUCUGCGACGCUCGUCGACAACGGGCAAAAAGUGUGCUGGUUCGACGGAUCGGGUCCAGACGCCGGCGGCGCGUAUCGCUUCACCUGCAUCGCGGCGAACUUCGCUGCUAUUGUGUAUGAUAACGGGGCUCGGGUGACGUAUGCGAAUCCAUGGGGGAACUUUGAGUUCAGGGCGAGCAUAGGUGGGCACGGGGGCACGAUUGAGUAUUAUGCGUAUGAGUAUGGGUGUACAUUGCGCCAGAUCUACUUGUGGUACAACUAG